GGAAGGAAGGAAGAAUGUCGGGGGUAUCGCCUAAACCAUAGCGUUGUGCAUCUCCCCACUCAUCACUGACAGAAGGAACACGAGCUCCACGUAUACAUACAGCUUCCUAAAAUAAGAGGCACUAGUGUUCUGUAUGCACCGAAAAAGUGAACUUUAAAUUAAAAAUCAUAUUUAAUUAAGUACUUUGAAAAUUAUAAAAUAAAUACUUUAACUUAAAUAAACAAAUAAUAAAAAUGUGCAAUGGCAAUUACUUGUAAAUAUUUGACAGCUUACUUCACAUGUAUUUAUUAUGCUAUAUUCACGUCAGUAGAAAAGGGAAACUAGCGACGCUAGUGGCACAGAAAGAAAACGCAGUGUGGACGAUAUUUAGUAGCAGAUUCUGUCAAUUUUCCCAUUUGAAUUCGUGCUUCUUAUGUAGUCUCCAUGAUUAUACUUCUCCACCUUACAGAUUUGUGAUGUCAACAAAAAAUCCAAAGGUUAGUUUGUAUAGUGCUUCGCAGUGAAUUAAAUGAAUGUCCCGAAUGAGUAAUAACAAGAAAAAUGAUGAUCAACCGAUUGACAUUCCAUCAACUUCUAAACAAGCUAAAAUUGAUUCUUCUAUCAAAGAUGCUUUUAGCAAUUUAAAGAAAUCUAAAUCUUUUAAUGAAGAUUUACCUGAACCUUCCAAAUUAGGUUUAUCCAAAACAAAAAAAACUGCAAAUCUAAAUGCUGUCAUUGUUAAUCCACGACAAAAAGGUAACCCACUACUUAAAUCAAUAACUGUUGUCCCUUGGGAAUAUGGAGAUAUAACACCGGACUAUGUGAUGGGCAAAGGACUUUGUGCACUUUUUCUAUCAAUUCGUUAUCAUCAACUAAAUCCAGAUUAUAUACAUAACCGCUUGAAAUUAUUGGGCAAUGCAUAUGAUCUUCGAGUACUUUUAGUUCAGGUGGAUGUUGCUGAACCACACCAUUCCUUAAAACACCUUACAAGAAUUUGUAUUCUGGCAGACUUGACGUUAAUGUUAGCUUGGAAUGCAGAAGAAGCUGGAAAAGUGAUUGAAACAUAUAAGUGUUAUGAAAAUAAGCCUCCAGACAUGAUAAUGGAACGCAAUAACUUAGAUCCACGCGAAAAACUCGUAAAUGCAUUGACUUCAGUAAGGUCUGUGAAUAAAACUGAUGCCACGAAUCUUCUAUCAAAUUUUGGGACACUGAGUGAUAUUAUUAAGGCCACACCACACAAAUUGGAAUUGUGUCCUGGAUUUGGCACCCAAAAGGCAUUACGCUUACACAAAAUGUUACAUGAACCAUUUCUCAGAGAUUCCAAAACUAAAUUAACUUAAAAAUAUAGUAUAAAAUUGAAUUAUAUGAUAAAUACAUGAUUGUGAAAUAAAAAUUUAUAAUAAUGUCCAAA